CAUAUGAUCAUAUCAUAUAAUACUUCUUUUUAUUCCCACAUUUUUCUUCCUUUCUUUUUUCUGUUACGUUCCUCGACAAAAUCCACCGUCUUUUCCUUCUUUAUUUUGUCUUCUUAUUCCUCUAUCUCAUAACACACACACACACAAGAGAAGCAAGCCAAUAAAAAGAAGAAAAUCGCAUUAUAAUUUGCAGGACAGAGGUGGUGAUUUCAAGAAUCAGAAGUAAGAAUAAUGGACGGUGAAGAUAGGCCGAGGACAAUGUGGAGAAACUUGAAACAACGGUUGGGAUUCACUGGGCUAGCCUGCUGUGGGUCCACUUGGAACUUGAGAAUAUCGGACAUGACGAUAAGAGAAGAAGAAGAAGCAGAGGAGGCCCAAAUACAGGCCCAAUUAUUUGGUGAAGAAGAGCCCACGAUUGUGGCCCAUCAAGGGAGCGUGAACCUUGCUACAGCUCUGGCGGCAGAACGUCGAUUUCGGAGCGUGGGUGCCACGGCGAAACUGAAGACGUUGAUGAGGUUGUUUGAGGAAACGGACGGUGGAGAUGAGAAGAGCAGUCUUAAGUUGUACAGUAAAGAAGGAGGUGGAGUUGAUGAGAUGUGCUGCGUGUGCAUGGAGAGGAAUAAAGGCGCGGCGUUUAUUCCCUGCGGACAUACCUACUGUAGGGUUUGUUCCAGAGAGGUGUGGUUGAACAGAGGCUUGUGUCCGCUUUGUAACCGUUCCAUUAAUGAGAUUCUCAAUAUUUUCUGAGAUUUGUCUCUUAUUGUUUAUCUUUUUAAAUUUCUAUAGGUUUUCAUUUUCAU